CGACGGAGUUCCGGGUGCUAGCUCCCAGGAAUAGAAAUCUAGGAGAGAGAUACUGAUUGCAGGGACAACAAGCCCACGCAGGAACCAAUGGCCAUCACCUCUAAACGCAAUGAAACUUGUGAAUAGUACCAUAAGCGACUUCCAGUAUUGUUCCACAAAGCCAUGUCCAGCAACCCGGAGAAUCAACUUGACGCAGCCAUGAGCUUUCGCAAAAUGCUUUCCACGAGACAGCCCUACCCUAUUGAAGAAGUUAUCCGCUGCGGAGUCGUCCCCAGGCUCGUUGAAUUCCUUCAAUCCCCUCGCCUCGAUAUUCAGGUACUUAGCGAAGCUUCCUGGGCUUUGGCCAACAUCUCCGUGGGAACCACAGCUCAGACCCAGCAUAUAAUCGAUGCUGGAGCCGUGCCUUUGCUUAUCGAAAUGCUGAGUAGUAGCAGCGCUUAUAUAAACAAACAGGCUAUAUACGUUCUUGGAAACAUCGCAGGAGACAGCCCUUAUUGUCGCGACGUUGUCCUUGAUGAAAAUGCAAUGGCACCCCUGCUUAAUCUUAUUCGGCAGAAAAACGGGCUACCCAUCUUCAGGAAUGCAGUAUGGACCCUUUGCAAUCUUUGCCGUGGAAGCAAACCCUUGCCAAAAUGGAGUCAGGUAGAACCUGCGCUGAGCGUCAUCGGAGAAUUGAUUCGCUCUGAUGACGAAGACAUCCUAAGUGACGCAUCCUGGGCACUAUCUUAUCUGUCCAUGGGCGGCAAUCAUAAGAUCCAGGCUGUUAUCGAACUGGGCAUUUGCUCUCGCCUUGUAGAGUUAGUGCUGCGCCAAAUAUCAUCAUCUAUUCAGGUUCCUGUCCUCCGCACGAUUGGAAACAUUGCCGGGGGCGACCAGUUCCAGACCCAGGUCAUUAUUGAUUGUGGGACCUUGCAGGCACUACACUCUCUUUUGUCAAGCCCUAAUAUCGAUAUUCGCAGAGAUGCGUGCAUGGCUAUCUCGAACAUCGCUGCAGGGACUGCGUCUCAAGUCCAAAGCGUGCUUGAUGCCGAUAUCAUCCCACCAUUGAUCGAUAUACUCAAUAAUUCAGACUUCAGAACCAGAAAGGAGGCAUGUUGGGCCAUCGCAAGCGUAACAUUUGCUCGUAAUCACGGCCAGAUCAGCUACCUAGUUACUCUGGGAUGUAUCAAGUCUUUCAUUGACAUAUUGAGCUGUGAGGAUAACAAGAUCUCUAAGGUCGUCCUGGAUGCAUUGAAGAACAUCUUACUGUGUGGAGAGUUGCAUAAGGAAGAGACAGAUGGCGUGAACCAGUUCAAAAUGAAUAUCGCGGAAUGUGGCGGCGUGGAGCAGAUCUACAGCUUGCGGUCGCAUGACAAUGCUGAUAUCUGCAAAAGAGCGUGCGAAAUCACCAUCAUGUACUUUGCCAAGCAGGACGAAAACGCAGGCCUGACUCCUCAAGGCGGCUCCAAUCGCACAGCAAAUUAAUUCAAUACACGGCAAAGAAAAUCUAUAAAUGCUGUUG